ACCAGACCGUGUCGCUCUUCCGCCUUCCCUUCCUCCCUCCGCCUACACCGAUUUACGUCGUCCACUUGCCAUAACACCCAUCUCCUCCCAUUUUCCCCAACCACGAGAUAGUCUUUUGCCUCAAAGGGAAAUUCUAAGCUAAGGCUUGCCGCCACUCUGGUGGAAUAGUUUUCGCCAUGUCAGAGACUCCUCGUCAAUCGUUGAAGCUCAAAUUCUUCAGCAAGAACAAGACGAAUGCGUCCGCGCCUUCGACUCCAUCCCAGCCUGCUCCUUCGACUCCCAAGCCCAAUGAGACACCACAACGAAAAAUCACUCUCAAGAUCCCUCGGAAACCGUCUAUCGCGGAAGGGGCCGGAGAAGAUGAGAAGCAAAAGAAGAAGAAACCGUCGAAAAAGCGUCCAGCAGAGGGGCCCGCAUUAUCAGAACCCUCCGCCGCCGUCGCGACCGCACCCGCUGCAGGCCUCAAGCGUAUCAAGCUGAUCCCCAAACAGAAAACAGGCGUGCAAUCCAUCCGAAUCAAGAACAAGGGGCUGGUCCCCAAUCGCCCGACAGGCGUUGGCUACGACUCGGAAGCGUCCGACACGGAAAUCGACCCCGCCAUCGAAGAACAGUUCAUCCUACGCAUGGUGCCCGGCGAAGACUGUGAAUAUCUGCGGCGGGCGAUCGCAGAGCGUCGCUUCGAUCAAUCCGAGUUCUCCUUCAAGCCGCUUACUCGUGAAGGACGCCGUGCCAUCUUCAAAGUCCGUGAUCACCAAUACGCCGCAGCGCUGGUGGAUUUGCCAUGCAUCAUCGAGGGUAUGAAAAGUUGGGAUCGACGCGGAUGGUACAAGUCUGCGGAUAUCUGCCAGAUGCUGCUGGUUUUGGGUCCGGUGGCCAACGAACAGGAGGCUAUGGACUAUCCGAUACCGGACGAUGUUUCCCUUUCGGACGACAAGAAUCUACAGUAUCCGCAUGGCCUUGCGCCACCUCUUCGAUGGGUCAGGAAGCGUCGGUUCCGUGAGCGUGUCAGUACCCGGACAAUCGAACAGGUCGAGAAAGCAGUGGAGGAAAUGAUCAAUCAGGAUGAGCAAUCGAUAGCCCCUCCUCGUUACGAGCUGGUCGAUAGUGCGUCAUUGAAUCGGAACGAGGGUAUUGUGCAAAGUGGAGACUAUGGAGAUUACGAUGAGGAGUUCUACGAGGAGGAGCAAGACGCGGAGGGCCAGGUUGCUGAAGGGAUGGAUGAUGGGGCUCUCUUUGAAGAUUUCGAGGACGCUCUCGCCGCUGAGAUGGAGGCUGCCCUGGCCGCCGGAGAUGAAGGCGAUGCUGCUGCGGCGGGUGCUGCGAGCGGUCCACAUUCAGAUGCUGGCGUGUACCAGGCCGGUACGCCCAUGGCCACAAAACCCUCGACACCAGCAGCCGACACGUCUGGCGAUGAAAGUGAUGGAUCGGACGGCGAUGAUAAUGAAGAACCAGAAGAUGAGAUGGAUGAAGAACAACUGGAGCAACAGCGCCAGCUCCAGCAGCAGCGCGAGGAAAUCGUUGAGCUGGAGGCCCUGAUCCGGUCCGAAACAGUCAAGUGGGAGAAGAUGCAGAACGCCAUUCUCAAAGGCAAGCUGGCCAAGCGCAUCAAUGACCUCAAGCAGGAUCUGGCGUUGAAGAAGGUAUCCAUCGGAGAGGGAGACGAUGCCGAUGAUUGAAUUUUAUGUAUACUGUGAUACCCCUUCGCGGCGCCGCCUGGUCAGACAGCCGCAAAAACCAAUUCUAUUCUCACAUUAAUUAAGGC